ACAGAGUGAGCAAAAAACGUGUCAAGCGCCCAGGGUGCAGAGUCGAGGGCUCGCCGUCUUAAAAGUCAAGUAGGUGAAAAGAUGAACGUGGCGGCGCAGUUGCCCUGCGGAUAUACGUUCAGAUGAUUGAGUAUCUCUGACAGCUCAUAUAUGACCAACGACUGUUUCGUUCAGGCUACCCCGAAACCCGCACGGCAACACGGUGACGACCUGUCAGUGGGGACUAAGCAUUCAAGGCAGCCGGGAGCUUCCAGUGUCAUUGUAGGUCAUCCACUGGACACAGUCAAGACUCGUUUGCAAGCUGGGAAAGGAUACAAGAACACCCUCCACUGUGUCGUCCAGAUCUACAGAACGGAAACCGUUGCUGGCUUCUUCAAGGGUCUCUCCUUCCCCCUGGCCAGCAUCACUGUGUAUAAUUCUGUGGUGUUUGGGUUCUUCAGCAACUCACAGAGGGUUAUAAGCAAGGUUCGCUAUGGCGACGCGAGGCACCCGUGCAGUAUGCUCGACUUGACCGUUGCCAGCAUGUCGACUGGGCUGAUGUCUGUGGUCCUCGGUGCACCAGUCGACCUGGUCAAGAUCAGACUCCAGAUGCAGACCCUGCCUAUGCUAGCAGAGAACCUGAACCUUGCUGGGACAAGCAAUAUCGCUGUGCGCUCCGUAUCUCUCCAGGGCCAGCCCACAUACAGAGGGCCCAUUCACUGCAUCAACUCCAUCCUACGGACAGAAGGCAUCCAGGGGCUCUACAGAGGUGCCGGAGCCAUGGUCCUGAGAGACGUCCCUGGGUACACGCUCUACUUUCUCCCAUACACGCUAUUCCGUCGCUGGCUAUCCCCUGAGGGAAACUCCUCACAUCUCUGCUCCAUAUGGCUGGCUGGGGGACUGGCAGGCUCUAUUUCGUGGGUCACAGCUACCCCAGCUGACGUGGUGAAGAGCAGGCUACAGGCAGACACCCUUCACUCAAGGAAAUACAAUGGCAUUCUGCACUGCAUUGUCCAGAGCUACAAAACUGAGGGAAUACAUGUAUUUUUCCGUGGAGCCUCAGUAAACGCUAUCCGUGGGUUCCCAAUGAGUGCCACCAUGUUUCUGGGCUAUGAACUUUCACUGCAAUUCUUCAGGGGUUUCUAGUGUCUACAUCUGGAAUGCCCAUGAAUAGGAUAGAGAAUGCCCACUGAAUGAAAAUUAUAUCUUGAAAACUCUUCCUGUCCUCUUCCUGACACCCCAAAGGUUUCUCCACGAAGAUCAUUUAAAUCGGCAUAGAAUGGAAGAUGUAAGCAUCUCGACACAUUCUAGUUGGGACUGAGAAAUGAUAAUUAUGCAAUUCUUAAUUUUAAAUACUAAUUUCUUAUAUUAAGGAAAUAUCUUAACGCCUUACAUUAAUGCUCAUUAAUGUGCAAUGAAUUAUGAAUGCUUUAAAUUAAUACAUACAUGAAUAUAUUCAAAUGUGUUUUCUGUGCCAUAUAGUAUGCUUUAUGUUAUAAGCUCUAGUGCAUUCAUUGAAUAGUUAUUAGUUCACAAAUGUCAACCAGUUCUAACCUCAGAAAUGAGCUGCAUUUUAAUCAGUAUAAUUUGUUGGUAAAGAAAUUUCAUUUGUUUUAAAGUGUUUUAUCAUCAUUAUAUAUAAAUAUAUAUGAGAGAAAUUUAAUGUCUCUGACUUGAAAAUACAUAGUUAUGUAUAGAACUGUUGCUUAAAAUUCAUAUAAAGGCAUGCAAGAUCUUCAAGGUUUUAGGGUUUUUAAUUUUCUACUUACCCAGAUUCAGACAUUCUCAUAGAUAUAAUUGGUUCUUUUCUAUGUGCAGUUUAGAAAUUAUUGAACCUGAAGUGUAUUGUCAGCUUAGUGCAAUUGCUGGUUUCCAAGUAGCAAGCUUCUCUAAAACGCAGAAACAGAGAACUAUUCUUAAAGUGGGUGUUUAGAGUUGAACUUUCAGACUACAUGGCUUAUGCCAAGCUAAUAAUGACUUGAAAUACACGAUGGCCAUGUUAUAUUUGUUUCACAGACAAUAUAUGUUGCACAAGUGGGUGGAUAUGAAAUAGAAAUUAGUUUUUGCGUAUCUUACGGGUUUUAGCCAUGAUUGAUAGCCGAAUGGGAUAAGUGCCUUGCACAAGGGCAGAUCAACAGAUCACAUUAUCGUGUCAGAGAUUUAAACCGGAAACCCUUUUGUUGGUUUCAACCAUUCGGUUAGAGGCAUAAAAUGUAUAUGCAUGAGUUAAUCUGACUUGGGGUAAGUAGAAAGAAAAAAACAUUUUGUAUUAAACUUUUAAUGUAAGUUUAAUGUGGAUGCUUUGUACAGAUUAAAUCCUAUCCAGUACAGAUACUUUUGUACUGAUAUAUAUCUGUCCUUGGGUAAAUUGUUUGAAGGGAAAAAGUGGAGGGGCCCUACUGAGCAUAUUUCUGAGACAGAUCAUCAUCUUUAGUUCAAGUGAAAAAAGCCUUCUAAUGAGCCUUAUCUCAGGGCUGUGGUUACGGAUAAGGUCAUAUGGCAGCGUUUGUGUAACGCUGGUCAUACUGUACAUUAGCGGCAGCCUGAGGGACCUGCUCUUUUUCUUCAUUAACUGUUGAGUAUAAACUUAACAAUAGAUGUCACUGUUCUACAAAAAAACACUCAGGGAUACCAGGCUGUUCCAUGUCUGAACACUUGAAGAGCUAACAUAAGCUUAUCUGAUUUAUUUGAGGGUCCCCAAAGAACGUUUGAAGACAGCUGUUAAGACAACAAUUAGUAUUUUAAAUAUUACUGUAUGUUUCUCUUUACAGACUUCCUCAAUACAUAUUUUUCCUGAAAAUAAUGUUAUGCAAAUAGGACCAGAAAUAAAGUUGUGUACUAUGCCCAAGGAAAA